GUCAUCAGAGUAAUUGUAUUGUUUAUGAAUGUCAAAUAAAUAUGUACAAAAUGAAAUAAGUAUAAAAUUAUUGUUGUUGUAUUUGUAUUUAUAAAAAUAAUAAUUAUUAAUUCAUUUGAUUCAACAUUAAUUAUUUAUAAAAUAUUAUAAACAUGGUUGUAAAUUUUGAUAAACUCGGUGAUGACUUAGAAAAACAAGAAUUAGAAGCAUGGGUACAAAAUAAUGUACCGUCUGUACAAGUCUAUGCACAAUUAUUAGCAGUUUACUUGUAUCAAAAUGAUUUGUGUAAUGCUAAAUAUUUAUGGAAACGUAUCCCACAAAAUGUAAAGAAUACUCAUUCAGAACUGUUACAAAUAUGGAGUGUUGGACAGCAUAUGUGGAAACGUGAUUAUCAAUCAACUUAUUCUACAUUAUCAACAACUACAUGGCCUGAAUAUAUUAAAGAUAUUAUGAAAAGUUUAUUAGAUAAUGUACGUGAACGUGCUAUAAAUUUAAUUCAACAAUCAUAUUCAUCAUUAUCAAUAAAUGCUGUAUCAACAAUGACUGGUUUAACACAAGAUGAUAUUAAAAAUAAUAUUUUAAGUAAAUAUCAUUGGACAUUAGAUACAACUGAUUCUAAUAUUAUUAUAUUACCAACAAUACAACAACAACAAUCAUUAAUUAACAAUAAUAAUAAUCAAACAUUAACCACAUCUAGUGAAGAUCAACUUUAUAAAUUAACUGAAUUUGUAUCAUUCUUGGAAAAUUAA